AUGAAGAUGACCGUAAAUCGUCUGAGGGUAGUGGUGCUUGGUAGCUCACGCUGCGGCAAAUCCGCCGUUGUAGUCCGUUACCUAACUAAAAGAUACAUCGGAGAGUACAGUUCAACUGGUGAUUUUUUAUACAACCACCGAGUUUCCUUCGACGGUGUAACAUCAGAAGUAGAAGUUUUAGAUACUUGUGGAUGUGCGAAAAGAGGUUGUCUACCUGAACAUUUACGUUGGGGCGACGCGUUUGCUGUGGUUUAUUCAGUUUGCGACCGGCGAUCUUUUCUGGCUGCAGCCGAAUUAUUGGCACUCCUGGAAAGGACCAGACUGCCUGGCUGUGCAGCCGUUACGCUACUGGGAAACAAAAGGGACUUAGAACAUGCCAGGGUUGUCAAAACCGAGGAGGGUCAAGAGCUGUCGUUGCGUUUCGGAUGUCAGUUCUAUGAAGUGUCUGCAGCGGAGUCCUGUGCUGGCGCCGCCCUCGCCUUCCACGCUCUGCUUAGAGAGGCGCGAGCGUUGGCACUCUUACUACCAGCGCCCAGGAGGAAACUGGCCGCUUACUCCGUCUCUAAGGUAAUUGGUUCAAUCCUCGGUCUUAGCAACAAGAGCGUAAGAAAGAAACGUCCUUCACUCAGCAUAUGA